UUGCGCAGCCUAAAAUACUUAUUAUUGCAUAUCAUUAUCAUAAACAUUAUCAUUUGAAAACGGGAUCAUGUAUGAGUAAGAAUACAGUAACAUUUGACUUGGUGUGCAUGGCAGUAACCAGAGCAGGUGAAAGCCAAAAUUAGACAUGUGUGUAGCUGUUUUGGGCAAGGGGAAGGCUGCACUCUAGAUUGGGUGCAGCUAAACUACUGGCACAGCGGUGCAAGACGCGUGAUUUCACUGGAACUGUAUUUCACAAGAAAAAAUGGAUCGAUCAGAUGACCUUGAUGAAGAUGAUGAGCUUCUUGAUGCUGCUAUCCAACUGAGCAUUCAAGAAUCUUUGAAAGACAUUACCUACUUUGGAAGUGUGGAAAAUCAAAAGAUCUUGGAUGCAAUUUUCCGAGGUGACCUAUUUGCUCUUCAGGAUCUUGCUGAAUAUCCUGCUGCGUUCACUGAGGUGGAUAGCAGGGGAUGGUACCCACUUCAUAGGGCUGCGGUCCAGCAGUCUGUGCAGGUGUUGGAGAUGGUAGUUUAUGCUUCUUACAGGUUAACUUUAGAGGAGGAAACUGCAGAAGGAGAGACACCAUUGAUUUUGGCUAUACAAGCUGGGCUAGUGGAGAUUGUUAGGACCCUGCUGGAGCAUGGAGCUUCACCUAAUAAGACCAACAGCAAGAAUGAGUCUCCUCUAUUACUGGCUGUAAGAACAGACUCAUUUGAAAUUGCUUAUACACUUUUAUCACGAGGAGCAUCGGUGAACCAAGCCUGCCUUAAAAAGUGGACAGCCAUUCACGAGGCGGCCAAAGUGGGCUGCACUGACAUCCUUCAGCUCCUGUUAAAACAUGGAGGAAACGUUUCAGAGACAGACCAGAAUGGAGUAACGGCCAUGGCGAUUGCUGCAGAGUAUGCCCAAGCAGAAGUACUGGAUAUCCUGAUUCACUACGGUGGCGAUGUAAACGCUCAGGCGCCAAAUGGGGACAGUGUGCUAUUUGAUGCUGCUGGUUCUGGCAAUCCUGACUGCAUUGAGCUGCUUCUUCAACAUGGGGCCAAUCCCAACAUCGCUAAUCUUUCAUCACAGCUUCCCAUCCACCACGCAGCCUAUGAAGGGCAUUACCUUGCGCUGAGAAUGCUAAUACCCAUAACCACCAGGAAAGCUCUCCAUCUCUCAGGCCAGAGCCCCAUUCACUCAGCAGCAGAUGGAGGCCAUGUCCAGUGCCUGGAGUUCUUAGUGGAAAAAGGCUUUGAUGUUAAUGCACUCCUAGACACUCACAUCUCUGAGAACUACGGGGAUAUGAGACGGACCGCCUUGUACUUUGCUGUCUCCAAUGGAGAUGUGACCUGCACCCAGGUGCUGUUAAAUGCAGGAGCCCAAACUGAGCUGGAUCCUCUGCGCUGCCUCCUAGUGGCAGUGAGGGCUGGGAGGUACGAGAUUGUCAAGAUGCUCCUGGCCAAACAGGCGGAUGUGAACUGUUUCUUCACAGUGGUCAAUGACACAGUGUUCCCUACUGCGCUACAGUACUGCCUGAAAGAUGAAAUGAUGAUGCGACUGCUGCUAAACAGUGGUUAUAAUGCGGAAAAAUGCUUUAGUUGUCAUCAUGAUUCAACAUGGGGUCACCACUCAGAACAUACCAGCAAGAAGGUCCCAUUUUGUGAUUUCAUCAGCGUCUCUUGGCUAGUGCAGUUCUCAGGAAAAGCCGUGCAGAUUCUCUUAGACUAUGUCAGUCGUGUUCCCAUCUGUUCAAAGCUGAAAAUGGUUCUGAAGAGGCAUAAAGAGUGGCCUGAAAUUUCAGAAAUAUUGGGAAACCCUCGAACGCUGAAACACCUGUGCAGACUAGUUAUCAGGAGAGAGAUGACCCCAUGCAGGCUGGGUGACCCAAAGUUUAUAAAAUCAGGUCCUUUCCCACCAGGACUGAAAGGCUACCUGAUGUACAAAGAGUAUGAUUUGUAUGGGAAAAUGAUAUGUCAGUAGUGAAGUUUUUUUUUUUUUAAGGUGAAAGUUGAGGAGGAAUUGAGGGUACAGAUGUUUGAAAGCACUUUAUUUUGAGUUUUAUUCAGAAAUUAACAUGAGGUUGACAUGACCAGAGGUUUCACUACAGUAUGUCGAUGAUGAGUUCAAAUCACUUAAAAUUUCAAUGUGAAUUUUCUGUCACGUUAAAGGACUUUGCCUCUGCAGCAAUGUCUCGGUGCCCAUUCAUGCAAUAAAAUAAUGUUCUAGCUAAAUGUUGACAAAAACAUGUUUGGUCUUCUUGUACCAGAUAAAUGUAACAGGGUGAAUACUUGUUCCAUGAAUUAAGGCUGCU